AUGACACUGUCGCGAAGUCCUUCGCCGCGGCCUGGUGGUGGGUGGGCGAGCCCGGGACUGAGCAGUCCUUAUAUCGAUGUCAGCGGGAGAUCAAGUCCUGCGCAAGGUUAUCGCGGAGGUGCAAACGGGGGGAGCUCCGUGACUUGGGAAUCCGCCAAAGCGAAGAGCGAAGGUGUCAAUGGAUAUCCCUCGUUUUCAACGCAGAACAAUGGCUUCUUCAACCGCCAUUACAGAAAUAUAUCGAAUAGCCUUCCAAGGUUCAAUGGCGGGUCAGAUAAGAGCUACGCCGAGAAGGAAAAAUUGGGGAGGGGACGGUGGAUGGGCGCUCCCGGGAGCAGGAUAGCAAGAUUGCAGAAUAUUGCUCUAAGGACAUCUCGAAAGACGAGGUUAAGGUUGCUUGGUGUUCUUGCAGUUAUUGUGAUGAUUAUCCUAUUUUACACUACUCCUCUACAUUACUACUGGAGACGAAAUAAACACCUAGGUGGAGGCAAGAAGCACGUAAUCAUUCUCGCUGCUAACCAAGGUGGUGGUGUAAUGGAAUGGAAGGGGCCGAGAGAGUGGGCGAUCGAGCGCGACAGUGUACGAAACAAGCGGAAGUACGUCAAUAGAUGGGGCUACGAGUUGGAAAUUGUCGACAUGAGUACCAAGAAGAGAUAUGCCCACGAAUGGAGAGAAAGCUGGGAGAAGGUUGAUACAAUUCGAAACUGUCUGAGAAAGUAUCCAGAUGCGGAGUGGUUUUGGUGGAUGGAUCUAAACACCUUCAUAAUGGAGCCUUCCUACUCCCUUCAGUCGCACAUUUUCAACAACCUCGGCAAAAACACCUAUCGCGACAUCAACGAGUAUAAUCCCCUUAACAUUACUCACCCGUUCCCUGCAGCGCACCUGGACGCAGAUGCUCUCAGCCCCGUUGGGGAUGGAAAAGAGAGUUCCAUCAAUCUAGUCGUUCCUCAGGACUGUUCCGGAUUCAACCUUGGGUCCUUUUUCAUAAAGCGAAGCGCGUGGACUGAUCGUCUGCUUGAUGUAUGGUGGGACCCUGUUGGCUAUGAGCAGAAACAUAUGGAGUGGGAACAUAAAGAGCAAGAUGCGCUCGAGUUUCUAUAUAUAAACCAACCAUGGAUCAGACCUCAUACCGCAUUCAUUCCGCAAAGGAAGAUCAACAGCUUUCCCCCAGGAGCUUGUUCCGAAAAUGGCAACGACACACGUAUACACUACAACGAACAUGAUCGAGACUUUGUUGUCAAUAUGGCGGGUUGCGAAUGGGGUCGCGAUUGUUGGGGUGAGAUGUACAACUACCGCGAAUUGAGUAAUUUUCUCAAUCGCAACCCUUGGGAGCUCUUCAAGGAAGAAUUUGUUGCUGUAAUAUGGUUCAAGAUCACUGGCAAGAAGGUCAGGCUAUGA